GCGUAAAAAGAAACUAAUUACAUUUAAUUAUUACAUUUACAUACAUUUAACUAUUAUUACAUACAUUUACAUACAUUUAAUUAUUAUUUUUUUCAUAAUUAUAUCUCGUUUGAAAUAUUUUUCGACAUAAUUAAUUGUUUCAAAAACACAUAUUCCAGCCUUCUAAAUGAUUUAUUUUGCGUAUUAUACGAAUUAUUCCAUCUAUAAAUAAAUUGUUCUCUAUACACACAAACACGCACACAGUCUGUUAAUUACACGAGUUAAUUGUAACAUUUUUCUCGAUAAGUUGACAGAGCAAGGAAAAUGAGCGACGAACCUACUUACAAACUAAUCUACUUCAAUGCCCGUGGUCGUGCCGAACAUAUACGGUACAUAUUUGCAUAUACUGGCAUCGAGUAUACCGACGAGAGGAUCCCCGAAGAACUCUGGCCUGAAUACAAGGCUUCAAUGCCUUAUAAAAAGCUGCCUGUGCUGGAGAUAGACGGGAAACCGGUAGCGCAGAGUAACGCUGUGGCGCGAUACUUGGCGAGGAAGUACGAUCUAAUGGGAAAGGACGAAUGGGAUGCGAUGAUAUGCGACGUGCUUGUCACGUAA